AUGGGUAUAGCAUCACGAGUACGUCAUCCUAACCUGGUCCAGUUUAUUGGUGCAACUAAAGAGCUUCGCAGAAACCGAUUAACCAAUCAACAGAUUCUGAGUAUUGCUCAAGAUGUAGCUUUAGGCCUUAACUACCUUCACCUGUUUAAGCCUCAGCCUAUUAUUCACAGAGAUGUGAGCAGUCCUAACGUAUUAUUAAAGCCUUGCACUAGACCUGCUGGUUUUGAAGCUAAAGUAGCAGAUUAUGGUACAGCUAAAUUAGUACAAGUUGACAGUACUGGUACUGUUAUGCCAGGAAAUGUUGCAUAUGCUGCACCAGAAGCUCGUGAUCCUGAUCAACACAGUCCAGCAAUGGAUGUCUACAGUUACUCUGUUCUCCUUAUGGAAAUGACGUUGGGCUCUCCACCAGAAAUGACAAUGGCAGAGAGAGAAGUACAAGCUGGUAGUGUCUCCUGGUCUGAUAUGAAGUCUCUCAUACAAAUAGGAAUUAAUGCUAGUCCUAGAGCCCGUCUUACUAUGGCUCAAGUAAUAGUCAUUGAAGAGGAUAAAUAUAUUUGA